AUGCCUCAGGAGAUCUUCUUUGAGUCCGAUGACUCGGAAUUCUCCGAGACGGACCUGUCCGUCCACGGACGCAAAGGCCGCACCUCGUUUCGCCGGCGAUCGAUCUCCCGCCACCGCCGCCCCGAGGUGAGAGAGACGCUGAUGGUGCCGGUCCAGCAAUCCACCCGAGUGCACCGGUCGGCCUCGACAGGCGGGCGUCGGCCCCGCGACCGCGAGAUCCCCGCCGUCAUGAUUGUGAAUGAGCAGGCCCAGCGCAGCGACAACACCAACAGCAACAAGCCCCGCCGCGUCCAGCAAAAGGUCGUCGAACCCGACUGGGAUGAGGAAGUGGUCCAGACCCGUCGCCGUGCGGCGAGCGGCAUCUCUCGUGAACCCUCCCCGUACCACCGCGACACCGAACUCGCUAUCAAUCAGAAGCUCCUGGAGAAAAGCGACCUCCGUCAAGAUCUAGAGAUCUUCAAGCAGCAGCAGGAGAUCGAACGCCUAGAGCGCGAGCUGGAGAAGCACCGCGAGCGGACUGAGCGGGCUGAGCCACGCGAUAACCGGGAGUCCCGGGCGCUGCGCGAGGAAGAGGAGUGGUAUGAGGAUGAGAUUAGUGACCGGCUGCGCCGCCUGGAGCGGUUCGAGCGCAAGAACCGCACCGAGGAGGAGCGGCGUAACGCGGAGAAGGCCUGGCGCUUGAAGCGGCUCGAGGAUGCGGAGAAAGAGGCCGCCGAGCGGGAAGAGCUGAAGCAGAAAAUCCGCGACGAGAAGUUGAAGGAGAUUGUGAGGCAGAAGGAGGAAGAGGAGGAGCGCGACAAGCUCAAGCGCGAGAUUCUCGAAGAGGAACGGCGCAAGGCGGAGCUCGCGAUGAAGGCGGCUGCUGUGGAGGAGUGGAAGCUCGAGCAGGAACGCAUCAAGCAGAAGCAGAAGGAUGAGGCCCUCAAGAGGGACAAGGAGUUCCGGGAGCGCCUGCGCCUCGAUCUCGGGUACACCGAGGAAGAAAUCGAGCAGAUGCUCACCAAGAAGAAGAAGGCGGAGGAAAAGAAGAAGGACGAGGAGGAGCAUCAUCACCACGAGACCACCGAGAAGACCACUUGGAUCAAGGUUCACCGCAAGCACCUACUUCCCGAGACCCUUCUCGCCUACAAUCUGCCUUGGGACUGGGACGAGCGCGACACCAACUACAUCAUCAUCAAGCGCUGGGUUACCGAAGACUUCCAAGAAGAGCUGUUCGCCCAUACCCGCCGUCUGCGCGAGGGCAAGCUCGUGGCCCAGACGUCCAGCUCGACGACCGAACUCAGGAUCAACGACCGCAACAAGGACAAGAUGUUCCUGGUGCGGAAGAAGAGUCCCAGCCGGCGGCUGCGCAUCUUCGCAUAA